AUGUCGUCUUCUGAUGACGGACAUGCGCGCGAAAAUCGCGGGCCCCAACUCCUUGGCGUCAACAGCGCAGCCAUCGUAAUCGCCACCAUCACGAUGGCGCUUCGGUGUUAUGUACGCAUCCACCUUGUCAAGGGGUUCGGCCUCGAUGAUUGGUUGAUGAUGACAGCUCUGGUGACUUUUAUACUCUACAUUACCUUCUCCCAGACAGGCGUCACGUACGGGACGGGCCAGCAUGUGUGGGAUCUCUCCCCUGAAAAUAAUGCAACGGCGAAGAAGUGGUGGUACGGCUGCUACCUGACCUAUGCUCUCACGGCUAUAUUCGCCAAGUCGUCGAUUGCCUUAUUCCUGCUUCGCGUGGCUGUCAACCGAGUGCACAGGUGGAUCAUCUACGCCGUGUGGCUCACGACCAUUGUCAGCUGCAUCAUCUUCUUCUUUGCUUGCGCCUUCCAGUGCUCGCCCGCCAGCUACUUCUGGGACAAGUACACACAGGAUGGCACAUGCCUCAACGACACGCUCGUCCUCGCCUUGGCCUACCUUUUUAGCGCCAUCAACGUCAUCACCGACUUCACCUUUGCCCUGCUCCCCGCCUGGAUUGUGUCGCAUCUCCAUAUGAAGCUCAAGACCAAGUUUGCCCUGAUCGGCCUGAUGGGUGUUGGCUGCAUCGCCAGCGCAGCGGUUGUAGUCCGCCUGCCCUUUCUGCCCAAAAUUCACGACGAGGACUUUCUGUACGAGACGGUCGACGUAGCGAUUUGGUCGACAAUCGAGCUGUGCCUGGGCAUCACGGCAGCGAGCGCCGCCACGCUGCAGCCGCUCGCGAAGCAGGUGGGAUACAAGUUCGGGCUGACGAGCAAGCCCGGGUUGGCGGGCAGCUCCCGGCUCACCGACAACUUCCAGAUGGGCAACUCUAUCUCGGUGAGGAGAGAGAUCACGCACAAGACCGAGGUGGUGUACCCGCCCGUCCGGGAGCAGCACGAGGAUGAACACGGCCUGAAACUGGAGCCGGGCACGUCUGGCUACUCGGCCAUGUGUUACAACACCAGCCGCGAGGAGCUGACAUGGCAGCAAAGUACUCCCGGGUCGAAUCAUGAUGGGCACACGACGUCCAAGGAGUCGGAUGGGGAGACGAUCAAUUUCUUACCCGUGCAAGGGGGGUAUCCGGGAGCGGUUGGGGGGAGGUUCAUGGACGGCUCAGAAAAAAGAUAG